AUGCUGGAAAAAGGUUACAAACCAUUCGGUCAUAAUUACACUAGAUCAGAUAUUAGAGAGUAUAUUAGAGGUUGCUAUGCUUGGUUCUUUAGGGAAAUUGAAUAUAUAAGACCAGUUCAACAAGAAAUGGAUUACAAAUAUACCCUUCUUGAGAGACUCCACCCCGGAUUUACUGAUGCACUAAAAGCUGCCCUAUUUCCUCUUAACCUAAAUCUGUUUAACGGUGUAGAUGGUUUCCAAUUUAAGGAAGGGGAGGCAUUGGUUUAUUUCUUGGAAGAAUUUGUCACAGAAAUCUACAAGACAUUCUUAUCCCAUAACAGACAACUGGAUUACAAAUUAAGUGAACAUUUAAUCGGCGAUUAUAUGGGAUCAAUUGAACCACAUGAUAGCGCGCUACACAAAGCUAACUCCAAACAUUCCCAUGAACAUGGCAAAGGUCAUUUCAAGCAUGUCCAUGAUCAUAACAGUCACACCAAGCAUCCACGGCCACACACUCCCCAUCCCCAUGAAUUCUCGACUCCUGCGCAUGGUCAGACCCCUCAUACCCAUGAACCUUCACCCCUUGCCCAUGAAAACAAUGAUGAGCAUUCUCUGCAUACCAAUGACGACGAUAAAAAGUAA